GGCUUUUUCCCGCCAAUGCCCGUGUUUCCGCCCUCGGCACGCUGGGCGCAGGCGGGACUGCGCAUGUGCGGAGCCCGUCCUGCUGAUACACCCGCCCUGCGGCUCUACGGGUGGCGAGUCAUGGAGACGGAAGCGAGUCUGAUGCACCAGUGCCCGUUGCUUCUGCCCCAAAACCGGGCGAAAACCGUGUAUGAAGGAUUCAUUACGGCUCAGGGGAGAGAUUUCCACCUUAGAAUAUUGUUGCCUGAAGAUUUACAACUGAAGAAUGCAAGAUUACUGUGUAGUUGGCAGCUGAGAACAAUACUUAAUGGCUACCAUCAAAUAAUACAACAGAGAAUGCAGCACUCUCCUGAUCUGAUGAGCUUUAUGAUGGAGUUGAAGAUGGUUUUGGAAGUUGCUUUAAAGAAUAAACAAGAGCUACAUGUACCACCUCCUCCUCCCCAGUUCUAUUCAAGCCUUAUUGAAGAAAUAGGAACCCUUGGUUGGGAUAAACUUGUAUAUGUGGAUACGUGCUUCAAUACCAUCAAGUUAAAAGCUGAAGAUGCUUCUGGUAGAGAGCAUUUCAUCACUCUCAAAUUGAAGGCUAAGUAUCCUGCAGAAUCACCAGAUUGUUUUGUGGAUUUUCCUGUUUCAUUUUCUGUUUCCUGGACACCACAGAGCUCCAUAAUAAGCAUUCAUAGUCAGUUUUUGGCAGCACUGGAAUCACUGAAGGUCUUCUGGGAUGUUAUGGAUGAAAUCGAUGAGAAGACUUGGGUACUUGAGCCAGAAAAACCUACACGGAGUGCAACAGCACGCAGAAUUGCAUUAGGGAAUAAUUCUUCAAUAAAUAUAGAGGUAGACCCCAGGCAUCCUACUAUGCUUCCCGAGUGCUGCUUUCUUGGAGCUGAUCAUGUGGUGAAACCCCUGGGAAUUAAGCUGAGCAGAAACAUACACUUGUGGGAUCCAGAAAACAGUCUGUUACAAAAUUUGAAAGAUGUUUUAGAAAUUGAUUUUCCAGCUCGUGCUAUCCUGGAGAAAUCUGAUUUUUCUAUGGAUUGUGGAAUUUGUUAUGCCUAUCAACUUGAUGGUGCCAUUCCUGAUCAAGUGUGUGAUAAUUCCCAGUGCGGACAGCCUUUCCAUCAAAUAUGCUUAUAUGAGUGGUUGAGAGGACUAAUGACUAGUAGACAGAGUUUUAACAUCAUAUUUGGUGAAUGUCCAUAUUGUAGUAAGCCAAUUACCUUGAAAAUGUCUGGGAGGAAGCCCUGAAAUAAGAAUGUAACGUUUCUGUGAAGAACUGGUGACUUUAAAAAUUAUCAAAAGGAUUUUGUUAUCUUCAGAGAAAAUAUAAAGCAAGACAUAUUAACAUCAAAAGAAAAAGAAUGGUGAAGCCAUAAUAACACACAUCUGCCUUUGUGUCUCCAUGAAGAGUAAACUGGGAAAUUGGAAGCCAAAAUCCUGUAGAACUUUCUGUGACUUCCAUACCAGCUGUAGAAGUGCUUGUGUACCAGGAUGGACAUUUUGACUUGUUGAAUAUGUUUGGACUGGUAAAAUCUUGAUGGGGUUCAUAAAAUGAAUUUGGGGACUGUAUACAGCUUGAUUUUUGUCUUCUCCUUAUGCUUCCCUAUGGGAAAAUACAUAUAUAGUACAUUAGAUUUUGUUAUCUGAUUAUUUACUUUGUAUAUUCCAUAAGAAUGUUAAAUAAGUUUUUGUGCUUAUUUUUCCUGAAAAGUUAUUUUAGGAAUUUAUAAAGUACUUACCAGCAUCAAACGGUCAAAUCUGGUAAAUUUGGUUCUUUUAAGUGAGCCAUCUCUUAAUUUUUAAUCCAAAAAUAAUAUGAAAACUGAAUUUUCUUGGCAAGACAAAUGAGAUUUAACUUUAGGGUUAUAAGAUAGUUAUAAUUAAAAAACUUUUUGGUCAUUAACCCAUUUCUUGUUUAGGAAAAAAAUGCAACUUGCUGCCAGCGUUAAUUUUAUAUAAACAUGCUCUAUGAGAAUGAAGCAAAUCUGACUGGUUUUCAGUGUGAAAGUAAAACACUGAAACUGUUCUUGGAGUUAUGUCUAAACCACUUGUUUUUAAUUGUAACGUAACAGAAAUGGAUACAUAAAUCAGAUUGAUCAAAUGAAUCUUAGGCUAACAACGGUUCAAGAAUGAUGUUAACAUCAUGUACAAGAAUGCUACAUUUUCUAGGAUUUGACAUGUUUAGUAAUGAAGAAUUACUAUAUUUUGUGAAUGGAAAUACCACUACUAAAACCAGAAUGCUGUAAAUAGAAUGAUGUCAUUUGUUUCCAAAGACUAUUCAUAUACUAGAGCGAUGCAGAAAUAAUAAUAAAGGCAAGACAUUUUGUGGCAAACUA